UGCAUACAACCUAGUCUGUGUUAAUGCUUUGGGAGAAAAUUUGGGGGAAAGAUUGGAAUUGUAUGACCAGUAACACAUCACUUAAGAAACGUAAUGGAGAUUAGUGUCACAUUCGCAAUUUUCUAUAUUGGGAUAUUCUACGUUCAUGAAAUUAAGGCAAUGACUACAACAUUAUGGACAACACAACCAACUAGCACUUUGUCAGAGACAACAGAAGAGUUAAUGACAACACAAACAGAACUGCAGACAACAACAACACAGAGUACGUCGUUUUCAUUAACAUCGUCAUCAACUGAGAUAACAACCACAUUACCAAAAACAACACAUUUAUCAACUGAGGAAAUAUCAACGAUAACGACAAGUAAAAUGACAACUCCACCUGAACCAACGACAUCAACAACUGAAAAAUUAACAUCAACAACUGUAACGCCAACAGCAUCUACUGAGAAAAUUACCACAUCGACUAAGGUUUUACCUGAAACAAUGACAUCAUCAACUGAAAAACUAACGUCGACGACUCAAACUCCAACAACAUCUACUGAGAAAUUAACCUCGACAGAUAUUACGUCAACAGACAAACCAUUUGUCACACAACUGUCAAAAUCAGACAAAAAUGACGGAGUAAUCGCUGCGCUAGGCACCAUUGCUGGCAUCUCCUUAGUGGCUAACGUGCUAUUGUCUAUCCUGUUGUUCAGAAGCUGUAGACGAGUAUCUAAUGAUAAUAAUACAACGCCAAUGUAUGCAAAUGAAAAUAUUUCGAAAAUUGACCAAACAGAAAUGUAUACUGUGCUGGGAAACAAGGAAGAAGGUGGAACAUACCAGACAUUAACCCACAAAAACGAAGUCAUUUAUAACAAUACAAAUACAUGCAUGUGAGAUCAUCACUUGUUGUUUAACCCUGCUUAAUUUCAAUUAGAAUAUAACUUUAAAGACAUUUUGGUUAUAUUCCAGUAAAUCAGUGCUUGUUGAAUACAAAAAAUGCAAUAACGAUAAAAGUUUUAUAAGUGCU